AUGACAGCUGCAUUUAUCGCCAUUAUCCUUCGCGAUGAACAAACACCUUUACCGCAUAAAGAAUUACGACUCAUGUAUGGUUUAGCCAUUAUUCGAUUUGUUAAUGGAUUAGUCGAUCCUGUACAAAAGGGUAUCUUUGCCAAAUCGUCCUACACUUUGGCCAGAAGUUUAGGUUUACCCAGUUGGUUUGUCGAUUUGAGACAUAUGGGUACCCAUGAACGCCUACCCAGUUUAACCGUUUUGCGUGCAGCCGCCAUUCAAGCCGUCGGUUGGCUCCACGAAAAUUAUUGGAUUCACAACAUUAAACCCGAGCACGAAAAGAACACCUAUUUACAAAACGUCGAAAUUAAAGGCAAAUUAAAUGUGUACAAGGAAUGUCGAAAGACUUUUCUCAAAGAGAAAUUGGGCGGCGACCCGAAUGCAGAUCCUACCACCUAUGUUGCAGCUAUUGAGGCUUUGAUUGAGAUUAUUGAUGACGAUGCGAUUCAAGAUAAUAUCAUUCCCCUUUUAUUGGGCGUAGGAGGUCUGGUACCUACCGGUAAAAAGAAGCGUGCUUCCGCUGAAAAUAUGUCCAUCUCCAGAGGUCUGAUCGAACUCUGGACUCCCUUGAUUCAAGGUUUGGAUGUGGGAUUUCCUGCUUUUGGAAGUCAAUUAGUCUCCUCCAUGAUUCAGAAAUUAGACACCAAUUACGACUUUGUUUUGGAUGAAGUUGCUUUAAAUCCAUAUGCAGCCUUUGCUAUUCAAAAUGCUGAAGAUCCUACAAAAUCACCCACUUACCUGUUAACGCUCAGUAAGUUUUUAUUUUUUUUAAAUAUGCAAUGA